AUGACAGUUGUACCAACAUUCGCCAUGAAGCUGCUUGGACUUUUGUUGGUUUUCGGCCUCGGAGUCGCCAGUGCAGAAGAAAAAGUCGUGUGUUACUUCGGUUCCUGGUCCGUGUGGCGACCUGGCGAUGGCAAGUUCGACGUUGAGGACAUCGACCCCUUCCUCUGCACGCACGUCAUCUUCGGCUUCGCGGGCCUGAGCAACCACACCUGGGAAAUUGAGGUUUUGGAUGUUUGGAAUGAACUGUGUCCUGCGGACGGAGGGAACAACUGUGCCUAUGACAGGUUCGUGGAUCUGAAGCAACAGAACCCGGAGCUGAAGACCAUUUUGGCCGUCGGAGGCUGGAAUGAGGGCUCCGAAGAUUACUCUGUGAUGUCCGGCGAUCCCGCCAAGAGGAAGACCUUUGUGGACAGCAGCGUUAACCUCGUGAGGAAGCACAAGUUCGACGGACUGGACAUGGACUGGGAGUACCCGGCUGCACGAGGAGGCGUUCCUGAAGACAAGGAGAACUUCAUCAUCCUGCUACAGGAACUUCGCACCGCUUUCGAUCAGUUCAACCCUCCCCUCUUGCUGACGGGUGCGGUGGCAGCUGGCAAGCCCACGAUCGAAGCCGCCUACCACGUGGAACAGAUGGCGCAGCUAUUCGACCAAGUGCACCUCAUGUCCUACGACCUCCACGGCGCCUGGGAGAACACCACCCACCACAACGCCCCUCUGUGCGGCCUGCCCAGCGACGCCGGGGACCUGGCCUUCUUCAACGUGGUGUUCGCCGUGAACUACUACCUCUCUCUCGGAGUCCCUAAGGAGAAGCUGAUCAUGGGCAUCCCUGAAUACGGCCGCUGCUACACCCUGGACAACAUCAACGAAAACGGAAUGCUCUCCCCCGCCUCAAAGCCUGGACCGGCUGGCCCUUACAUCCGAAUUCCAGGCACCCUCGGCUUCAAUGAGAUCUGCGAGCGACUUCGACAGGACCAGACGUGCACAGUCGAAACAGACCCACGCAUGUAUGAGCCUUACUUCUACUGCUCGAGUGACAACAUCUGGUGCGGGUUCGAUGAUGCUGAAUCAGUUACCGUGAAGGCUCGUUACGCCAAGAACAUGGGUCUCUCGGGCAUCUUGGUGUGGACGAUCGACACGGACGACUUCCAUCCCAGGUGCUACAGCGAGGACUUCCACCUCCUCCGUUCCAUGAAGAGCGCCUUGGAAUUGCCUGCCGACGGACAGUUCCCGGACUGCCAAGCACAGUACACAACGCCUUCGCCUUCAACUACACCAGAACCCACUCCCAGCACUGCUGCACCCACUCCCAGCACCGCUGAACCCACUCCCAGCACUGCUGCACCCACUCCCAGCACCGCUGAACCCACUCCCAGCACUGCUGAACCCACUCCCAGCACCGCUGAACCCACUCCCAGCACCGUUGAACCCACUCCCAGCACCGCUGGACCCACUCCCAGCACCGCUGAACCCACUCCCAGCACCGCUGAACCCACUCCCAGCACCGCUGAACCCACUCCCAGCACCGCUGAACCCACUCCCAGCACCGCUGAACCCACUCCCAGCACCGCUGGACCCACUCCCAGCACCGCUGAGCCCACUCCAAGCACAGCUGAACCCACUCCCAGCACCGCUGAGCCCACUCCAAGCACAGCCGAACCCACUCCCAGCACCGCUGAGCCCACUCCAAGCACAGCUGAACCCACUCCCAGCACCGCUGCUCCCACUCCCAGCACCGCUGAACCCACUCCCAGCACUGCUGAACCCACUCCCAGCACUGCUGAACCCACUCCCAGCACUGCUGAACCCACUCCAACCACUCCUAAUCCAGGUCACAGCAGGCCUGACUGCACCCAAAACAUUGAUGGCUCAGUUUUCCCUCAUGAGGAUUGUAACAAGUACUGGGUGUGCACAAACGGCCAAGCCAUCCUAGAACUGUGUAGUCCUGGUACUUUGUUCGACGCGGACCUCAUGAUCUGCAACUGGGAGGACAGCGUCGACACCUCCAACUGCAACCUGUGGAUUUGCGAAGUUGACAACACUUAUUACCCUCACGCUGAUUGCGACAAGUAUUACUGGUGCUACAACGGAUCGCCCCAUGUACAACAGUGCGCUGACGGUUUGUUCUGGAACCAGUACCUUACAAUUUGUGACAACCCGACCCAUGUGGACACUUCAAACUGCAACAUAGUCUAUUUUGCUGAUCUUAUAUACCGCAAAUAAAAGUUCUUUUAAGAUGCUUUACAGAAUGAGGCCAAAGGGGGAUCCAUCCUUGAAAUACUUAGCACUUUUGAUAGAUUAAUACACAUCUGUAAAGGUU